GCGGUCGGGCAAUGGAAGCAGGCAGGCCCGAUGGCGAUGGCGAUGGCGAUUUCCUCGCCCGCAUUCGGCUGCCCCGCCGUGCAGGGACAGGGACGGAUGGGCCAGCCCGCGGUCGCUUAUAUUGAUCUCGUCGCGGCCGAGAAGAUUCGGCCUCUCGGCUGCCUCUCUGCGCUCGAUUCGUUCGUGAAGUGUCCGAUUGUGAAUGUCAGUAGAGCAGCUUGCACCUUCAAAGCUGGAUGAAUAAAGAAUUAUCGACGAGAAUGACGAGAGCGAAGGCGAGAAUGAGUUUGCGUAUGCACUCUGUCGGAAUUUUCGCCCGCUGAUGUCGAGGGUAUUUUGAGUCGAGUAGUAUCGGUAUGGGUUUAAAUAGACAUGCCAGGGUUUUGGAUCUGAUUCCUUAAAGCGGAGCUCGUGCCCGUACGUCGUUGGCAGCGUUGCGCCGGGCUCUGUAAAUCCACUCGCUCGGGAGACAGGUGACAGCGAAUUGUAGUCGAUCGGGAUCGCCCGCCGUCCCUGCCCCUCUUAGGGUUUGUUGAUUCAAGCGACUUAAGAUGGAGAACGACACCGAUGGCAUGAUAAUGAUGAAAGAACCGAUUGCGAGAUUGCAAAAUGUCGAAGAUGCUGCAGUUCAAGCGAUGGACUUGGGUGACCUCGAUCGCUGUCUGUUCUUGCGCAUGCAGGCUUUGGCACUGGCAAAACUCUGCAGGGACGACCCCACGGUUCAAGACAAAGAAAUAAUAUUGGCCAAGGCACACCUGCAGCUCAGUGCCACGUACUUGGAAAUGGAUGGAUAUUUACUAUCUUCUGAGGCCUAUUGGGUGCAGGGGUACGGAGAUCAGGCAUACUGGCAUGCGUCAAGGGCCAUGGAGGCGGGUGAUCCUAGAAGAGGUUCACAAGGAGAGCCCAUCAACAGCUCCCUUCUCGUAGCCGUUCUGCUUGCUCUUGCCAGAUCCAUGCUGAUGAGAGCGGACACAAGAUGUGAGAGCUACUUGAGGAGAGCCCUCCAAAUAAACACAGAAAUCACAGACGACAAUGACCCCAGUAAUGCCCCCAUCCAUGAGGCUAUUGGAGAUCUGUUCGUCUUUGCCAAAGACAGUGGAGUACCCAUGAUCGAGAAUGACACCAAAAGGAGCCACAAAAAAAGGGCCAAGUCUCCCAAGUCACCCUCUAGCCCUGGGGCCAUUGGGGCUCCGGACGAAGUCCAGCAGGACUUUUAUGACAGAGGAAUGGCCAGUUAUGAUAAGGCAUGGGAUCUGAUUAACAACUCAGUUGGUGGAAAGAUUAAAAAAAGCGGAAAGAAGUCCACCAAGCACCCUUCUCUGGCCCAAAUAUACAGCAAGAUCGCAAAGACGAAAGUCAAACAAGGUAAAGACGAAGAGGCAGCCGACAUGUUCGAGAGAGCUAUAGCGUCACACGGGCUGGCUACUGUCCCAAACAUCUGUGCGGUGGCCCACUUGAAUUUUGAGCUAGGUUGUGUGUAUCACAGACUUCAGAAAUACGACGAGUCCCUUUCAGCCCUGGAAAAAUCUAAUAAAUUCUGCGAGCAACAACGCGAUCUUGGCAGGACCGAUCCACUUUCACUCAUGAUAAUGAAGGAAAAAGGAUGUUGUAUGUAUGAUCGUGCUGAAUAUGAAUCAGCUAAAAGCACAUUUGAGGAGCUGCUCCAGUUUCAGCGAAAAGAAUAUGGUGGAGGCAGCAUAAUGGUUGCUGAGACCCUCAAGUAUCUGGGAGACUGCUCCGUCGGCUUGCAGAACAUGGAAGAGGCAACCCACAGAUACACGCGGGCUGUUCGCAUAAUGAAAAGGAAAUACGGUAUUCAUGAUCCUAAUGUAAGGGAGUUAGUUGCUUAUAUCCGCGAGCUUAAUCUCCAGGAGGAGUAUGAGCGACAAAUUGGUGAAGAGAAAUGCAUGAAAAACCAGGAAAUCAGACAACCAGAAACUCCUAUGAAUCGUCUAGACCAGCUACACGAUAUCCCAGAAAGCCCAGACGUCAGAAAACUACACCAGACUCGAAAGAGUGUAGCCUUUUGGAUUGAAGACAAUGCAGCUUGAGAGGUCCAAGGUUGCGUAUAGGUAAAAGCAUAAUGCUCACAUAAUGCUUGCAUGAUUGUUGCUUGCACGACUGGAGAGAUACAGUCGUCGCCUUUG